AUGACAGCAACUCUUAUUGGAGCACGUCAUGACAUCCACGGAGGGUGAUCAAGUCUUUUAAAAGAUCUGAGUUUUCUUAGGUGGACUAAUGUCAUGGAGGCUGAAGUCAAUGGAACAUUUAUAACUCUUGGUGGCUUUGUAGAGUUGGACAAAUACAGAUAUCUGUACUUUGUCAUCUUGUUGACAUUGUACAUUCUCAUCCUUCUCUCUAAUUGUACCAUUAUAUAUCUAAUCUGGAUUCACAGGAACCUUCAUGAGCCUAUGUACAUUUUCAUUGCAGCUUUGUCACUCAACUCUGUCUUGUUCAGCUCUGUUCUCUACCCUAAACUUCUAAUUGACGUCUUAUCUCAAAAACAGACCAUUUCUCAUUCUGCUUGUAUGUUUCAAUAUUUUCUUUAUUAUUCUUUCGGUUGUUCGGACUACUUACUGUUGUUAGCCAUGUCUUAUGACAGGUAUGUGUCCAUCUGCAAACCUCUGCAGCAUCCAAUUAUCAUGGGGAAAAGAACUGUUACUGUCCUCUUGAUUAUGGCUUGGUUUCUACCUGCAUGCCAGUUUGUAAUUACUGUUGUAAUUAACUCCAAACAAAAACUUUGUAGUUUCACGACAGAAGGAAUUUUUUGUAACAAUCGAAUGUACAAGCUUCACUGUGUACAAUCAAUAUUUCUUACAGUUUAUGGUUUGUUUAUCAUGAUGAUUGGUGUUGUUGUUCCUGUGAUUUUCAUCCUUUUUACUUACAUAAAGAUAUUUAUAGUAACGUAUUGCAGUUGUGCAGAAGUCAGGAAAAAAGCUGCACAGACAUGUUUACCUCACCUGAUAGUUUUAUUCGGCAUAUUUGGUUUGUGUCUGUUUGACGUCACCUUAGCUCGACUGGAGUCAUACUUUUCAAAAACUGAGCGUUUAAUAAUGACUUUACAAAUACUUGUGUAUAACCCUCUCUUCAAUCCAAUCAUAUAUGGAGUGAAAAUGAAGGAAAUCUCUAAACACAUCAAGAGAUUGUUUUGUCAACUGGCGAACAAAAGAAUAUGAUCACACGUUGAAGUUCUUAUUUCUCCUUGCAAUCCUGAGAACAAGUCAUUCCCAUUUAUGUUGACAAAAUGAAUAAAUGGAAGAAGAAGUCUGAGAAUCAUGAUUUCUGAUUAAAUGUACCGGUAUCUAAAAUGUAUUUCUAUCCCAUUUAAUAAUUCAUGGCUUGGUCUAUAUCCUGUAAUU